AGGAGUCUCAGUGGAAAAGAAAAAUACUUUCAAAAGACUGUCUAAUGGACUAUAACCCAAAGGGGAAUCUGCGCCUUAUUCUGAACCGAGUUAGUGCUUCGGAUUAUGGGUCGUUGCUCACUUUGCCACAUUUAAGAUGCCUUGAAAUAAACGGUAGUUAUGAACAAGGUACUCUUGUUGAAAUUUUUAAAAAGCUCGAAUUGGUUAAGGUACCUAGUUUGAUAAUAAACACAAUGAAUCCAUUUACAGAAGUGCUUAGAAACCUACUAAAAAAGGGCUGGAAGUUGAGACCCCAAAUUACACCGGUGAUUAAAGUGCAGGAAAUUGCAGCACUGUCCAAUUGCAGGUCCUUGAAAAAAUUAGUUUGUGGAUUUUCCGACACCGAAAACAUACAUCUUCUGCACAAUCUUUUUGCACUUGAAGAGUUAACCAUUACCACAAAACCAAGAAACGGUUCGCUACAGGCCCUAUUUGCCGCUCUAGCUUCCAGGGAAGUUCCAUCUCUCCAACAUUUUCGGCUCUUAAAUGGAGCGAUCAAUUCCUUGGAAGCUGAAGAAUUGGCUCGAAUAAAAUCUUUGAAAGUGGUGCAGUGUGCCUUUCUCGACGCCCGGGACAUCGAGAAACUCUCAGACCUAGCUAAAGAACACCUUGUAAGGCUUGAAAUUACUUCUAUGCAAAAGUGCCAUGAAACUUCUCCUGGUGUUCUUAAAGUCUUACAGUCUUCGGAAAAUGAAAUGAGCCUAUCUACAAGAGACGUUUUGUUAGUGUUUAAUCGGAAACAAAGGUUUAUUGUUCUUCAAAUGAGUAUUUUUGAGACGUACUCAGAUGAGACCCUGCUGGUUCCCCUAGCCAGUUUAGAAUGGUUAGAAAACAUUACAAUAACCUAUAAACGCGGCAACUUAAAAACAUUUUUCAAUGCCCUAUCUAUGAGGACCAAUAAUAUCAUUAAAAAACUCAAAAUUGACGGCGGAUCUCUUGAUUUUAAUGAGACACUGGAACUUAUUAAUAUUAAAUCUCUUAGAAAAUUUCAUGGCAAACUAAACGACCCACGCAGCUUUCAGCAUUUGGCACAUUUAAACCAUAUCGAUAUUGGGGAUUCCUUUGAUAACAAAUUUCCAGAGAACAUGCUCAACAUUUUUGAUUCCACUCAGGAAGAGCUAACCAUCAGUGAUCAGAAAAAGGAAAUAAGUUUUAACAUUAAAACUGGUCAAUUAACACUUUCUAACGCAUUUUCUCUUGACACCAAUGAUAUUGCCCCACUGGCAAGCCUUAAGAACUUAAGGUCUGUGCGAAUUUUGGGUAAUAAUGAAGGAAGAUCACUUCAAGACUUUAUGGCUAAAUUAGCUUCAAGGCAAAAUCUUUCUCUUCAAGAACUGAUAAUGGAAACAAACAAGGAUGAAGCUAAGUCAAGCGUUUUUAAACUUAACCCUAUCGAGUUGAAUGAAGUGACUGCCAUCAAAUCUCUAAGAACCCUAAAAUGCGGUUUCUCUGAUCCUAAGGACCUCGAAAUGCUGUCCGAAUUACCAGAACUGACUUAUUUAAUUGUUGGCCUUAAUCAAGAAAAUGUUAUAAAAAGCCUUCUCAGGAAACUUUGUCUGAAUGAUUUUAAAAACCCGGUUCGUUUGCUUGCAGAGGGGACAGUUGCAUUCGAGAUUGGGUCACAACAAAUUUUUAUUAAGGAACUGAUCAUAUCAAAAGAACAAGGUUGCACACCCCUUGUGGAACUUUUCAGAAUGUUGGAUCUGGCAAGCGGCUCCACUUUGCAGAGACUGGUCGUCAAAGGUGCGCCAAUUGUUCAAUAUGAAGCCGAUGAGUUUUCAAAAAUAAAAUCAUUGCAGAAGCUAAUUUACAGAUUUAAAAAAUUAAUUGAUAUCAGAGGCCUUGUUCGGCUAUUUGAAUUAACAUCACUUAUAAUUGGGCGCAGAAAUUUUCCGAAGAGAGAUUCUGAAAAAGUUGAGCAGAAAGAAAAUUUAAUGACUCGCAUACCAGACCACAUUUCUCGAGAUUUUAUGUCAUCAUAUUUUAAAAACCUAAAAGGAGUGGCUCAGCACUUGGAUCGUCAAAGAUUGUUUAUCGAAUUGCCAAAUGAUGAGUGCUCUGUUAAAACUAUAUUUGAGCCAUUGCCCGCUGGCUUAACACACACACUAGAGGAUCUAGCUAUAACCCACCGGUAUCUGGACUUUGAAGAGGUUAAAAGAAUUACGCAAAUUGCAUCAUUAAAAAAACUAAGGUGUGGAAUUUGGGAGGCACUCAGCUUUUCCCUUAUUAGAAACCUCCGCAGUCUUGAAUGCUUAGAAAUCAAAUCUUAUCCAAAAUUCAUGGAAAUAUCGGAUCAUCUUGUGCUCUCUUUUCAAGAAUGCUCGCAAAUCCAGUUCAUCGAUUUGCAUUUUAAUUCUCGAGUGCAGCUCAUCAGUGCUGAUUUCGUGGAGCGAGCAAUUGAAGCAUUAAAACUAGUCAGAGAUCCAAAACUUCGGGGUCCAUUGAAGUUAAGCUGUUUCGUCAGUCAAGUUUUUAUUGAACCGAAAAAUUUUAUCGACGAAGAGUAUUUGAGUCUGUCCAUCUAUGAACACCAGGACUAUGAGGAAUUGUGGAUAUAUUAUAAAGACUACAACUGUAACUAAAAAUUGUGAUGACUGUCCC